GGCGCUGUUGGCGGAGUUGGCGGAUCUGGAAGUGUUUUCGUGUUUUCGUUUCCAGGUUUUCUCUGCAAUCAGUGCAAUCUGCUCUAUGCUUUUUCUUAUCAGCAUUAUCAGCAAUAUCAGCAUUUCCAUUUCCAGCAAUAUCAGCAUUUCCAUUUUCCAGGGCAGACUAUUAUAUAUGUGUGUGUGUACUGCAAGGCAAGGAGUUUACUGUAGUGUGUAGUCACUGACCACUGUAGUUCAGAUUUCCAGUUUCCAGUGCCAGGGACCAGGGUCAAUCACUCAGUUGAGAACAAGAAGUGUUGUCUUAUAUAGGUACCUGGUAGUUGGGGCCAGACUUGCCCAAGAUGUCCACAGUAUUGUUAGCUGUAGUAGCUGUAAUCUUGUGUGUACUCUUCAGAAUACUCAACGUUAACAGUCAACCACAAAAGCCUACGAUAGUGUGUUCUGAUAAUAAGUUUCUGGAUAACAUGUUGAAAAUCGCCCCCGUCCUCAAUGAACAAUACAUUCCAACAAGACUGUGGGGAUUCAGUGGCCACGUUCAAACCAUUCUUCAUAGCAUCAUUGGCAGGGUAAAAUGUCCUUGGCCAAUUGGCGAAAGAGUUUUCCUCACUGUACAAGAUGGCUCUACUGUCACAUACGAUUUAUACCAAUCACUAACUUCAAGUUUUCAAGAUGACAUCACUAUAGCCAUCUGCCCUGGAAUUUGUAAUACCUCUGAAAGCAUUUAUGUUCGUACAUUUGUUCAUUGGGCUCAAUACCAUGGGUACAGAUGUAUUGUUUUGAAUCACGUCGGUGUACUGAAAAAUGUUCCUGUCACAGCUCCUAGAAUUUUCAACUAUGGGAAUACUGAUGAUUAUGAAGCCAUGAUUAAAGAUGUAAUUGCAAAAUAUCCUAAAACCAGAGUCGUUUGUGUAGGUUUCAGUUUAGGUGGCUGUAUCAUUACGAAAUACUUGGGAGAAAAUAAAAUGAAACCAUCUCAUGUCAUUGGAGGAAUAUCAAUAUGUCAAGGAUAUUGUGCUCUACACGGAACCAAGUAUUUGCUCAACUGGCAGAAUUUCAGGAGAUUCUAUUUGUAUGUCAUGACAGAGAACAUGAAAAAUACCAUACUGAGACAUCGUAAAAUCCUCCUAACAGACGAUAUCAAAAGGAAAUACAAUUUGAAUGAGAGAGAAAUCAUAUCUGCAGCAACUCUUCCGGAAUUAGAUGAGGCCUAUGGGAGAAAAGUCCAGGAAUUUGAUUCCUUAACAGACUAUUACCGUUGGUGUUCCAGUAAAUACUAUCACAAUGACAUCAAUCUACCGAUAAUCUUCAUAAAUACUAAAGAUGAUCCUAUCAUUGCAGAACCUCUAUUGGACACUGUGAAACAACUUGCAAUGGAAAAGAACAAAACGGCCUAUAUUGAAUUAGCCCACGGUGGUCAUUUGGGCUUCUAUGAAGGGGGUCUGAUUUAUCCAAACCCGGUAACGUGGUUAGACAGAACUUUGGUACCUUUGAUAGGUUGUCUCAUUUUAAAUUCUGACGAAUUGGCUUUGAAGUCUAGAAGCAACUCGCAAAUAUGACUCCCGUCUGAUUUUUCUUACAUGAAUAUAAUAAAAACGAUGUGGAAGUUGAUUUGUGUUGCUUGUUGUUCAACUCUCUAUAAACUUUUGAGUAGCACCGCACAAACAUCAAGUUUUUGGCAGCUAUACUUCAGUAUGAAAGAAUGAAUAAAUAACCCACUUUGGAUUCUACACCCCUCUGAUUAUUGAAUUCCCAUUUCAUAUUUUUUUCAAACUGAAGGAAAAUUAGUGAGAUUUGAAGCUGCCUAUGAUGGAAAAACUAGGCAAAACUUCAAAAAUAUAAUGAUUUGUGAACCAUGUCAGAAGUUGCAAAAACAAAAAUUAUCAACUCCAUAAAUGACAAAGUUAGAGCAGUUUACAUUCUGAAGUGGGGUUGGUACCGUGUAUAUAGAGAUUUUGAAAGUCAGUCACAAAACUGGAAUUUGUUAUGUAGGCAUUCAUUCUCAACUGGGCUCAAUAUGUUGACUGCCAAUUAUGACCCAAACGUAAUAUAUACAGGGUGUGACUCGAGUAUGUUAAAUAUUUCUGGUUGGUAAUCAUCAGUCAGUCUUUCAAAAAUGUUCACAUAAACAUUAAUUCUCAAACUCUACAUAAUAUUUGAGAUAAACUUCGAGACUCUAAUAAUAAAAUCGGUUCAGUUAUUCCUUUCUUAUUGUUGAUCAAUCAUAGAGACAAAAACGUGUUAUUUUAUGUGGAGAAAUUCACCUAUUCCAAGAAACUAUCUGAAGAAGCAAAAAUGAACCUGUUUCGUGUUUCAUCUGAUGAGAUUUCCGAAUUAUUUUCUUGAAUUCAGAACACUGAUUACCCUCAUAUCUGCUACUGAUCAAUUGCAGAGUUCAGUGUAUUUCAUGAAAAUUAUCCAAGUAUAACGUGGUGUACAGAAUUUCAUGCAAGUACAGUUAUAUUGG